AUGGUCAAGAUUGCCAUCGCUGGAGGAUCCAGCACUGUCGCCAACGAGAUUAUUGACGCUCUGGUUGCUACUCAGCGACACGAAAUUGUCAUUUUUUCUAGAAAGGUUCAUAAUACACCCCUACUCUUCUGGGCAGCUGAAUUGAUAAUUGACAUGAUAGUACAGGAUAUACCGACUGAGAAGACGGCCCUGGGAAUAACCUGGAAAAACACAACCUAUCAAGAUAAAGACCAGUUGGUCGAGGCUCUCGACGGAGUGCACACGGUCCUUUCUUUCCUUGUGACGCAGGAGGACCCAGCGAGCAUCGCUCAGAAGAACCUCAUCGACGCUGCAAUCCAAGCAGGUGUUAAGCGAUUUGCCCCUAGCGAGUGGGCCUGGUACAUUUCCCUUUUGCUAGUCCUUGAAUACACGCUAUUUCAGCCGGGCACAUUUGUGAACUACUUAACACAUCCUUAUCAGUCCGCUAAACACGUUCCUUCGAUGGAGCUCUUCUUCGACUUCGAAAAUCGACGUGCUAUCUUCAUGGACGACGGUGACAAUGAUCGGAUGUCCUUCAUUACUGUGCAAGACUUCACCAAGGUAAUUGUCCAGGCUGUUGAAUUUGAAGGUGAGUGGCCUGUUAUUGGUGGCAUUCGAGGUACCGACAUCUCUAUUGGAAAUUUGAUUGCGCUGGGCGAAAAAGUUCGCGGUGGCGCGAAAUUCCAGGUGGAAAGAGUGAAGGCACAAGACCUUCAAAACGGAACGUGGAGUACCUCAUGGGUCCCGAGGAUCGAUCAUCCUUCAAUUCCCCGAGAGCAAAUCGACGCGAUGUCGAGAAUCGUCUGUGCCGGAAUAUUACUAGCCACCCACGAUGGUGCCUACUCUGUUUCCGACGAGUGGAAUCGAUUGCUACCAAGCUUUCAGCCAACCCCUAUUGAGAAAUUUCUGGCGGAGUCGUGGCAUGAUAAGCCCUGA